AUGUGGAAGAAAUGGCAGCUGUUCCGUGCUAAGGACUUUCAAUCGCUGAUGUAUCCCUGCUUCACCUUCAGCAGUAUCCUCGGAAUAUUUCCGUACAAAAUCAGUGGUUCAACCUUCGAGACUUCUAAACAGCGUUACAUUCUACCAAUCUUCAUUCUUGGUGUUUUCAGUAUUUACGUGCUAGUAGUGCUAUAUGAGACUAACGUCGCUGGAACAAUCUAUGUCGGAAAUGUACCUAAGGCUCUUGAACUCAGUAGCUUUUAUAUAUCCGCUAAUUUUAUCGCGGUUGUCGCAUAUAUUUUAAGUGGCUCUCGAAUGCACUUGCUCCAAACCAUAAUGAAUGUUUCUUCAAAACUGCACCUCAAUUCGUAUGAAAAAUUAUCUAAGCUAAUUCAUACCAAGGACAUCUUGGGUUUUUUCCUUCUAAUCAUAAUAGAAGUAGUUUAUUGUAUCAGAUCGGACUUUAUCUGGUACAGAGUGCCUGUACCGUAUAUUAAUCUGAUGGUAUUUCAAAUGGAUAUGUUGUAUAUGAAUUGUGUUUGUAUAUUGAAGGCUUGUUUUAAAAGGAUCGAUGAUAACCUAGUAAAUUUGCGGGAACUCGUUAUCAACGAUGAGCCGCAUCUCUUGAGGAGGAUCUAUCACGAGCACAAAAAUUCAUUCCUGUUAAUGGAGUUCAAGGCAUUGAAGAAGCAGCAUCUAGCAAUUAGCGAUACAGUGCAAAUGUUAAACACAGUUUUCAGUCUGCACAUUCUCGCUACUAUAAUUAUUACUUUUUCUCAGCUUACUUUCCAUCUAUACUACUAUAUAACGGAAUGGAGAAUUAGCGUGUCUGAGGACAGCACGUUUGAUUUAUUUUUUCAUAUAUCAGCAAUAGUGCAUACCGGUACUCAUUGUAUAAAAAUAAUAUUGAUAGUAUGGGCCUGUGAAACCGGUAAAGACAGAGCUAUGAAGAUUGGAAUUACCGUUCACGAUUUGCUUAACAAUAUCUCAGAUAAACAGGUUACAGAAGAGUUGCAGCUAUUUUCCGUGCAAAUAUUGCAUCGCGAAAAUGUAUUCUCUGCAAAAGGUCUCAUUGUGGAUGUUACUCUUCUUAUUGCGAUAGUGAGUAACGUAACUACAUAUCUAUUAAUAUUAGUACAAUUUUUGAUUACUGCGCGUUUAUGCAACGCAAUAAUGGUACACAAAUAA